AAGACCCUCCACUUGUUUCACAGAGGAAGUCAAUACGCGUGGGACGGUUAAAUGCAACGUACCAGUAACUGAUACGAGUUUUUAUCAUUGUAUCUUCCAUACUAGCAUGUAAUAUAUUCGAUAGUGUUUUCCCCAUAAUUGAUUUUAAUUCAUUUUUCACAUAAGAUGUUUGCAAAACCGUUUCGUGUAAAAUCCAACACCGUAAUGAAGGGCUCCGACAGGAGAAAGCUCAAGGCUGACAUAGCAGCAGCCUUCCCUUCCCUGACUUCUGAUGAAUUAACAGAGCUGGUCCCGAACAAAGAGGAAUUCAAUGUUGUCAAGAUUUAUGUGCACAAGGGAGACUCUGUGACGUUAUAUUUUGGUCAUAAGAACCCGCUCUUCUUUGAACUGGAGAAACAACUUUAUCCAACAGUUUAUAUGCUUUGGCGCUGCCCUGCUGCCCUGCCUACAUUCAGGACAUGGCCCCCUGUUCUUCACAAGUUGAUCGGAGGAGCUGACCUAAUGCUUCCAGGUGUAGUGGUUCCUUCCGGUGGACUCCCAGAUGUAACACAGGGUUGCCCGUGUGCUAUUACACUUGUGAAUAACAAAGCUCCUGUUGCAAUUGGCACUGCUGCAAUUUCCAGUGCAGAAAUGCUACGCAUGGGAAUGAAAGGAAGAGGAGUGUGUAUUUUGCACACAUACAUGGAUCAUCUCUGGGCUUUUGGAGAUAAGUCUGGUCCUCCCACUUUCCCAGAGGCAGAGGGGGGACCACCUGAUGCGAUUGAUGGUAAAUAUAUGGCUGAUGAGCAAGAAGAAGGUGAGGAGGUAGAGGAGGAAGGUGAGCAGAGUGCAGUGCAGGACCAGCAAGAAAGUGAGCCGGUCAAAGAUCAAGUCUGCCCUGCUGUUGCUGAGCAGGCGGAAGAGGAAGUUGAAAAGGGCAAUGAGGAAGGGGUUGAGGCCCAGGAAGAUCAGAGGUCACCACAAGAUGUCAUGGAUGCUUUACUUUGGCAGUGUUUCCUCCUUGCUCUCAAAAGCAAGGUGAAGAAAUCAGAGCUCCCGCUGCUGACAAGCACUUUUCUCCGCAACCACAUGUUCUCCUGCUGCCCGAGUGGAAAACAGCUAGAUAUAAAAAAGUCCAGCUACAAAAAGCUCUCCAAGUUUCUGCAUGUCAUGCAGCAGCAGCACAGUAUUAUUCGUGUGAAAGAAUUGACGAAGGGCGUGGAGAGCAUUGUCGAGGUGGACUGGAAAAGCCCAGAACUACGCUUCUCCAUUCCUGAGGAGACAGACAUUGAAGAGGUUCCACUUGUAGAAACACUGUAUCAUCCUCCUGAGAUCACCCCUUUAUACUCGGUGUCAGCUCGACUGCAGCCUCUUUUUCAGGAUGCAGACAAAAAGAAAGGCGUGGCACUUCAGCCUGCUGAGGUGAGAAACAUUGUCACCGAGUAUGUGAAGAAGAAUGACUUGGUGGAUAAAACAAAUAAGAAUUACGUGAGAAUCAACCCAAUACUAUGCGACUGUUUGCUUGAGAAAUCUGAGUACCAGGACAUAGAGAUUCUCAAGUGGGAUGAGCUUUUCAGCAGAACAUUGGGGAGAAUGCAGGAGUGCUAUCAAAUAGUGUUUCCUGGACAAACGCCGCUAGUAAAGAAAGGACGUAUCGAGCCUAUUGAUGUCUCCGUAGCAUCCCGAGGCUCCAAUAAGAAGGUGACUGUUAUAAAAAACCUGGAGGUAUACGCUCUGGAUCCUUCUGCUGUUGCCACCGCAUUGCAGCACAGAGUUCAAGCCAGUUCAGUCCUGCAAGCCAUUCCCGGGGCAAAAGACAAAGUCCUGGUCCAGAUUCAAGGCAACCAGAUUCAACAAGUUGGACAUUUGCUGCUAGAUCAUUAUGGAAUUCCUCGCAAGUACAUCCAAGGGUUGGACCAAGCUCCGAAAGGCGGAAAGAAGAAGUAGCAUUUCAGGGUCGGACCUGAUAGAUGGCCUUCGUCGCUUCUAAAACUGCUCUACGGUGUAUCAACAUUCCUGUGAGCCUUUUGUUUGAUCUACAGUCAUCCUGUGACAAAUGGCUUAUUAAAUUUAUGUGUUGAGAGUACUGUCCAUUGGCUGAUAGUGUCCAUCAUAUACUCAAAUGUUUCGGCGAUUAGAGUUGUCGUCUUAAAGCAGUCCUUAAGGUAACCAAUAAUAGCACAUGACUUUCCGGAUGUCACUACCCAUUUUGAUAUCAUGUGGACCUGUCUCUGUCAUGAUAUGAGUGUUUUCAUCAUUGAAAUGUCACUGUAUAAAAUAAAUAUUUUGUCAAAGUACAA